CAGUAUGAGCGUCGAUAACAAGGAUCAGAGUGAGGUGUCCCCAUUUUUAGCGGAUAAUGACAAACAAUCUGGCAUAGAAAGGAAGGAACAGGAGCUCAAGGAUACCAAAAUUUCGGCUCUAGAAACAGAAGAUGAUAGUAAAGAUACUACGUGCGGUUUCUGGAUAUUCAGGGGAGCCUUUCUGCAAAGCUGUGCCACGGAAGCCAUGUAUGUAACCAUAUAUGGCAUAGCUGGCUGCUUUAUGGCCAUGUGCUUUGCCUACUUCAAUGGCACAAUUACAACAUUGGAGAAGCGCUAUAAGAUACCAACAAGAACGCUGGGCAUCAUCUCGGUUGGCAACGAUAUGAGCACCAUGCUUGCCUCGGCCCUAACAGGCUAUUAUCUACGCAAAGUACAUCGACCACGCUGGAUGGGCUUUGGUCUAUUUACCAUCGUUAUAUUUUGCUUAUUGAACUGCUCGCUGCACUUUAUCUAUGGCGCUGGCGAGGAUGCGUUGAAGCUGACUCGUGAUUAUGGAGACUAUCAAAAUCUAACUGGAACUUUAAACAGUGCACACAAAGAUCACAAACUAUGCAUGUCGGAGGAUUCCAGCUGCAUACAGGAGGAUAGUGUUUGGGUACCUCAAUUCAUAUUAUUUCUAGCACAAUUCAUAUUGGGCAUUGGACAGGCGCUUUUUCUUGUUGUGGGCCUGGCUUACAUGGAUGAUAACACCACCAAGUCCAAAACGCCAGCCAUGCUGAGUUUCACCACAUUUAUACGCAUGUUGGGUCCUGCUAUUGGAUAUUCCUUAGCUUCGCUCUGCCUACGCUGGUAUAUUGAUCCCACAGCGGAGCCCUUAAUCAAUAUUGAAGAUCCCAGAUGGUUGGGCGCCUGGUGGCUGGGUUGGCUUAUUCUGGCAGCUAUCACAUUUGUGAUUGCAAUCCUAAUGAGUCUGUUUCCCAAGGAGCUGCCCAGCUCAAAAGCGAGACGCCUAAAAUUGGAAAGAGCUGGCAAGCAAAAUCCAAUUGAACACAAGGAUCAUUCAUUGAGCGACAUGUGGCAAUCUGUAAAACUCCUAGCAACCAACAAGGUAUACGUAUACAAUACGUGCGCUUCAAUCCUGUACUUCUUUGGCUACAUGGUAUAUUGGAUAUUCACGCCGAAGUACAUUGAGAUGCAGUAUCAGCAGUCGGCCUCCGUGGCCACUUUGGCUACUGGAACUGUAGCUCUAGGCUUCUCAGCUGUGGGCGUACUCCUCUCUGGCUACAUAGUGUCCAAGUAUAAGCCCAGUGCAAGGGCAAUGGCUGCUUGGAAUGCAACUGUGGAUUUCUUGACCGUGGCUGGCAUUCUGCUCUAUGUGUUCAUUGGCUGCGAGGGCAGCGAUCAGUUGAGCUCCAUGGCGACCAGCGACAGCUGCAUCGCUUCUUGCCACUGUGAAUACGUACACUACGCUCCGAUAUGCAGUCCAGAGAAUGUCACCUAUAUAUCCGCCUGUCAUGCCGGCUGCACCGAAAAAACCAAGGAUCAACUGGGACGCACCUUGUUCACAGGCUGUGAUUGUAUAAAUCCAAUAAACAAAACAGGUGGUUCCGAGCUACAAUAUGCAUUGGAUGGAGCUUGCCAUGUUGAUUGCUUCCAUCAGUUUCUCAUCUUUUUGGGCGUCAUGUGUUUCCUCAAGCUAGUCGGUGCCUCCAGUAAAUCCACAAACUUGCUUAUAGCCUUGCGUUGCAUACCACCUGAGGACAAAAGUUUGGCUCUAGGUGUAGGCAGCAUGGUAGCAUCUUUGUUAGGCUUCAUUCCAAGUCCCAUUUUCUACGGCUGGCUGAUAGAUAAGUAUUGCUUAGUGUGGGGCAAGACGUGCAGCAAUAAGGGUAACUGCUGGAUAUAUGAUACGCAGUCUUUAAGAUAUGCGCUGAAUCUUGCGGCUGGUUCUUUUAUACUGUUGGGUGGCUUCAUGAAUAUUGUGGUUUGGUAUCAUGCCAAACAUUUGAAAAUAUUUGAUGAAGUAAAAACUGAGACUGGUGAAACGAAAAAGAGCUUGGAGGAUAUCACAUUAAAAGAUCUAGGCAGCACACUUCAACUGCAAAAAAUUGGAGAAGAUAUUUAAGAUAUUUGUCCUCUGACGUCAUUUGCCACAAUAAAGAUA